AUGGCCUGCUUCGGCGGAUUCUCGAGAGCCACACCACUGGAGCUGUAUGCGAGAUCGCUGCGGAAGCGGAAUCAACGAGCAGGCAGCAAGGACGCAGCGGCCACUCUCUUCCCCAUGUACACGGUGCCCUUAAAAGAGAUCUUGCAGAUGACAGUGAUGGAGCCUCAUGAAACACUCAAGGAGCGGGGUGAGCUGAUCUCCUUCGAGAAAGGUAUGGGCAGCGCAGCAUUCAUAUCCCACCAGUGGGUUGGAGAUAAUAGCCCUGACCCAGACUUCAGACAGAUGUCCGUCCUGAAGGAUGCCAUCAGGAGCCUAAUGUCCACUCAAAAGCACAUCUACCACGACAUUCACACCGAGAUGUUCCUGAACACUUCUGGGUUGUGCACCUCUACGCUCAGCUCGAAGCCGCUGUUCUUCUGGUAUGAUUACUUCUCCUGCCCGCAGCUGGAUAAGAAUCAUGAUUUUCAGCAGGCGGUGGUCUCUAUCCCCGGGUACAUAGCCAGGUGUGAAUUCUUUUUCGCCCUUGUUCCCGUGAUUGAGAAUCCCAGACUCUGCAAAGUCUUCACUCCAUCGUCCUGGUCCGAAAGGGGAUGGUGCCUGGUAGAGAAGCUUUUUAGGCAGCUCUCACACGACAGCUCAUGGAUCGUGAUCAAAAGCGCAAGUGAAAUCGAGUUGGCCUCCCACAUGGGCUUCUCAGGUAGUUCUCCUGGCGAGGGCAUGUUUUCUGAAUCUGGGGACAAAGCGAAGCUUGCCCCAAUCUUGCAGAAAUCACUGCAGAGGAAGCUGAGACUACUUCUUGAAGAAGAAGACCUGGUCGGAUACCGCGUGCUCUUGAAUCUUCAGCCGGUGCUGCUGCGAGGGAUGAUGGUGCAGCCGCUCUACAGCAUCCUGCCUGCCAACAAAUCGGACUCAGCUUCGAACCGUAAUCCUGCAUCCCAUGAGGUUGCUGAAUUCUUGUUACAGAAUGGUUUCGAAACAGUCUUUGAUGUUGACACUGCUGGGUGGUCGCCGCUGCACUAUGCUGCUCUCCGUGGCGAGGUUCUCUUGAUUCAGGGGCUUUUGGAGCAGCAUGCCGAUCCCUGCCAAGUAACCAAAAGAGCCAACCCCAGCCAUGGAGGGAUGGCGGGCCUUGGGGCUCUGGAUCUGUGCCUCCGCCACCGGAACAAUGAGGCGGCCCGGCUGUUGCUUGCAGCCAAGGCUGCGGCAGAUGGCCGGUGGGAGCUCAUCUCGGCAUGCAUGGGAGACAACGCCGAAGGCGUUCGGCUCCUUUGCCAGAGUCGUUGUGACCCACUUGGCAAGGAUCCCCUGGGUACUUCCGCCAUCAGCAUUGCCUGCAUGUUCGGCUCGGCAGGGGCUUUCGAAGAGCUCAGUGUGCAAGCAGGUCGGGCGCUUGCAACCAAAACCCUUGCAGAGUCGCUCCAUGCCGCGGCUCUGAUUGACCUCCGGGCAGACAUCAACGAGCCGAGAGAAGUCAAGACGAUGAGUCCCUUCGGCCUGAUUGUCAGCUGGCACUGGCUUUUGCACAGCUUAGGCCGGGUUACGCCGCUUACCACCUUGUGCUACCACAUGCAGGGCUCGACCGCACUCAUGGCAGCUAUCCUGUCUGGACGCUAUGAGUGCGCUGCGAUCCUCAUUGCAGCAGGGGCACGGCAGGAUCUCUGCAACUGGCAGGGUUGGUCCGUGUCAGAUUUCGCACGCAAUCAAGCGAUUCCCGACUUUUUAAUCCAGGCCCUGCGCGGUCAGCCAAGGGGCUGCCAUGUGGUGGCUUCCUUUGCCCUUCGUGGCGGAUCCGCGGAGCAGAACUCUUAA